UUUAGGUUUGGUUUUAGAGAGGUUAUGUUUCAUGUCCCUCCCUCCUCUUUUUUCUUUAAUCAUUUUUGUUUUCGUCUUUAUGUCCUUCCUGACUAAAUGUAACUUUUUUUGUCGUUAUCAAUAAAUUUUCUCUUCUACCAUUGAGGCUUUCCAAAAAAAUAAAAUAAAAUAAAAUUCGAAAAGAUCCCGAGUAUAAGUAAGAGUUGAUGCUGCCCGAGAGUUUCUGCAUUCCAAAAGAUCCUUUUUCAUUAUUCUGCUUAGUCGUAAUGGACUCUUUAAAAACAAGAUCAAUGUCAAACUUCAACUCUAGCUUUUCGCUCUAUCCUUCCCCUUCUCUAGGUUUGCCUGUACGACUUCCCAACCUAAAUAUUUUCUAUGAAAAAAAAAGAAUAAAGACCGUAUCUGCUACCCAAGCUGAUAAUAAGCUCGAAAUUGCUCGUCCUAUUGCAAAUUUUCACCCAAGCAUUUGGGGAGAUCGGUUCACAGUCUACGACAAUUCACAAGACAUUACAAACAAUGGCCAAAUGCAACGGGAACUUGGGGAACUGAAAGUAGUAGUGAGUAAUGAAAUAUUAGCAACUGGAGCUGGUGACUUUUCUCAACAACUCAAUUUAAUUGAUGCAAUCCAACGUCUUGGCGUGGCAUACCAUUUUGAAAAAGAGAUUAAAGAAGCUUUGGAACGCAUACAUAUUGCUGCAUAUAAGGACAACGGCGUUAAUAAUGGUGGUGAUCUAUCCAAUGUUGCUCUUCGUUUUCGGCUACUAAGGCAACAUGGAUUUAAUGUUUCAUGUGUAGAUAUAUUCCAAAAGUUCAAAGGUGAAGAUGGUAGCUUCAAGGAAAGCUUAAUUGCCGAUGUGCCGGGUAUGCUAAGCCUUUAUGAAGCAACACAUCUAAGGGUGCAUGGAGAAGACAUACUAAAAGAGGCUCUUGUUUUCACCACCACUCACCUCGAGUCCACUGCAACCAGUUUAAGCUGUUCAAUGGCAGCUCAAAUAACUCAAGCCUUGGAGAGACCUUUGCUAAAGAGUCUAGUGAGGUUAGGUGUCAGGAAUUACAUGUCAAUCUAUCAAGAAGAAGCUUCACACAGUGAAGCUUUAUUACAACUUGCAAAGUUGGAUUUCAAUCUUGUUCAAUCUUUGCACAAAAAGGAGCUCAGGGAAAUUACUAGAUGGUGGAAAGAACUCGAGUUUGAAAGAAAGCUGCCGUUUGCAAGAGACAGGAUAGUUGAAUUGUACUUUUGUUCAACGGGAGUAUUUUUUGAACCCCAUUACUCUACAGCCAGAAAAAGUAUGGCCAAAGUCAUGGUUUUGGCGACAGUAAUGGACGAUAUCUACGACGCAUUUGGUACAUUCGAAGAACUUGACAUCUUUACAGAGGCAAUUAGAAGGUGGGAUGUUAAUUUCAUUGAUGAACUUCCGGACUAUAUGCAAACAUUUUAUCUUGCACUUGUGAAUCUUUUCAACGAAAUUGAGGAAGAGAUGGUAACAGAAGGAAAGUCAUACCGGGUUCGCUAUGCAAAAGAAGCUUGGAAAGUUUUUGCCCAUGCUCACUUUGAUGAGGCCAGAUGGUUACGGGAACAAUGCAUCCCAAGCAUGGAGGAGUAUAUGCAUGUUGCAACGGCUUCUAUUGGUAACAGCCUCCUUUCAACUGUAUGUUUAGUUGGCAUGGGAGAUAUUGUAACAAAUGACGUGUUCCAGUGGUUGUCGAAUAACCCUAAAAUUCUCAGAGCUUCCAAUAUCAUUUUUAGGCUCAUGGAUGACAUUGCUGGCCACAAGUUUGAGAAAGAGAGACGGCAUGUAACUUCUAGUAUUGAUUGUUACAUGAAGCAAUAUGACGUGUCGGAGCAAGAGACACUUGCUGCGUUUAACAAACAAAUAGUGGAUAUGUGGGAGGAUAUAAACGAGGAGUUACUUAGACCAACUGCAGUGCCAGAGUUUGUGCUCAUGCGUGUUCUUAAUUUGACAAGGGUUGUGGAUCUGCUUUACAAAAGAGGAGACGGCUUAACACAUGUUGGGAAACUUAUGAAAGAUGUCGUUGCUUCGCUUUUUAUUGACCCAGUGCCACUUUGAGUUGGUUUCUUUCUGUUAGUCAAGUAGUACUAGUUUCCACUUUGACGGAAGAUGAUGCCGGAUAAUGCAGGGUCUAUAAUCCAUUCAAGUUCCAAAUAACAACGAACACAUUAAAUAAUAUCAUAAGUUUUGUGUGAGUGAGGUGUCAGUUCGUACUUAUUAGGUAGUAGUACAGUACUACAUAAUGUAUGGGAUUAGUGCUACAGAUCGGGGGUCCUGCAUAUCUUGUUUUUCUGAUUCUGUACUCAUAUGUUUCUAUCAGUUGGCAAGAAGUAAAAUAAAAAAUGAAAGGGCAGCAAAUAUUUAUACAUUAGGUUACACAUCGGGGUCCUAGAUAUCUUGCUUUUCUGAUUCUGUGACAGUGAGAGUUGAUCAGGGUAAAUAGUUGUGUGCUCUAAUUCUCCAUUCAAAGAAGCUAAGGAACUCAUCAUAUGAACUACUGUUGCAAACGAAAAUCUCCACUUUUUUAUUUCGUUACAUUGUAUCGGAACGGCCAUCCUUCAACUUCAAUCCUUCAUUUUUUGUUCUCCUGAGAAGUCCUCAUGUUGCAUUGCGAGUGGCUCUUUACCAUAGUGAUAGAGAGGUGUUGAGCCCUUGUAUGACGAUAUGAGUUCAAAUCCCGACGGUAACUAAUCUAACAUCUAAUCUAACAAAAUCUAUCGUUCAACAAAAAAUAAAAUAAUAAUAAAUGAUAAAAUAAAAUAAAAUAAAAACUUCUCUCAU